AUGCCGCUGAAUCUGGGACGGGUGCUUCAACUGCUUUUUGAAAAGAUGAGCAAUCGGGAUGAUAAAUUGCGUAAGAAGGCAAAAAUCAACAAACAUGAAGAAUGCAGGUGUGGCGUUGAGACUCCUUCAAAUAUGCCAACUACUAGGAGUCAGAGUAGCAUAAGCUUAGAACAUUUCCGUGAUAACAGUCAUGAUAAUAAUAGGAAAGUUCCACUAGCUGACCACGCGGACUACAAGGACCUUUCUCACGAGUUAAUCGCCAUGGAAACGCGCUUGAUAGUUAAGAAUCCGCAUAAACCUGCAAGGUAUCUCUGA